GGUGAAGAGCUGGUCAACAUUGAGCAGGAUUCUCUAAGGAAAGAAGAAGAAGAAGACAUGGAGGAUGACCAGGACACACAUCAGAAAGGGUAUUUGGAAAGGAAGUACGAUACAGUUUAUGAUUUUUAUAAAAAACACAAAACCACUAUUCGAUACAUCAUUUGGGGCAUUUUACUGGCAGGUUACCUGGCUUUGGUGAUUGCAGCCUGUGUGCUGAAUUUUCACAGAGCGCUUCCUCUUUUUGGGAUCACCGUGGCUGCCAUCUUCUUCAUUGUCUGGGAUCACUUGAUGGCCAAAUAUGAACAUCGAAUUGAUGAGAUCAUAUCCCCAGGCAAAAUGCUGCUGAACAGCCACUGGUUCUGGCUGAAGUGGGUGAUUUGGAGUUUAUUGAUCCUAUCGAUCAUCUUCUGGCUGAUCUUCGACACCGCCAAAUUGGGCCAACAGCAGCUGGUGUCCUUUGGUGGACUCAUAAUGUACAUUAUCCUGUUGUUUAUAUUUUCCAAGUACCCAACCAGAGUUUACUGGAGACUUGUCUUUUGGGGAAUUGGGUUACAAUUUCUUCUUGGACUGUUAAUUCUAAGGACUAAUCCUGGAUUUAUUGCUUUCAAUUGGUUGGGCACACAAGUUCAGAUUUUUCUGGGUUACACUGAUGCUGGUGCUAAAUUUGUCUUUGGUGAAAAAUACACAGACCACUUCUUUGCAUUUAAGGUCUUGCCAAUUGUGAUUUUCUUCAGCACUGUGAUGUCCAUGUUAUACUACAUGGGAUUGAUGCAGUGGAUCAUCAGAAAGGUCGGAUGGAUAAUGCUUGUUACUAUGGGCUCAUCUCCUAUUGAGUCUCUAGUUGCUGCUGGCAAUAUAUUUGUUGGACAAACAGAGUCUCCAUUGCUGGUCCGACCAUAUUUACCAUAUAUCACCAAGUCAGAACUCCAUGCCAUCAUGACUGCUGGCUUCGCUACAAUUGCUGGAAGCGUCUUGGGUGCAUACAUUUCUUUUGGAGUUUCAUCCACCCACUUAUUAACAGCAUCAGUUAUGUCAGCACCUGCAUCAUUGGCUGUUGCUAAACUCUUUUGGCCUGAGACAGAAAAACCUAAAGUAACCCUCAAGAAUGCCAUGAAAAUGGAAAAUGGUGAUUCAAGGAAUCUCCUAGAAGCUGCAACACAGGGAGCAUCCUCAUCUAUCCCUCUGGUGGCAAACAUCACUGUGAAUCUGAUUGCCUUCUUGGCCCUGUUAUCUUUUGUGAAUUCAGCCCUGUCCUGGUUUGGAAACAUGUUUGAUUACCCACAGCUGAGUUUCGAGCUAAUAUGCUCCUACAUCUUCAUGCCCUUUUCCUUCAUGAUGGGAGUAGACUGGCAAGACAGCUUUAUGGUUGGCAGACUCAUAGGUUAUAAGACAUUCUUCAAUGAAUUUGUGGCUUAUGAGCAACUCUCACAAUUGAUCAAUUUGAGGAAACAGGCUGGACCUAAAUUUGUGAAUGGCACUCAGCAAUAUAUGUCAAUUCGUUCUGAGACAAUUGCCACUUAUGCCCUCUGUGGGUUUGCCAACAUUGGUUCCCUAGGAAUAGUGAUCGGUGGACUCACCUCUCUAGCUCCUAGCAGAAAGCGGGACGUCGUCGCUGGAGCAGUAAGAUCUCUGAUCUCAGGGACCGUUGCUUGCUUCAUGACAGCCUGUGUCGCAGGCAUACUCUCUGGCACCCCCGAGGACAUCAACUGCCAUCACGUUUUAGAGAAUGCCUUCAGCUCCAGUUUACCUGGCAAUGCAACCACAGUGGUGUCUUGUUGCCAAAGUCUGUUGAGCAGCAUUACUGUCAAGGAGCCUGGUGAGGUCAUCCCAGGAGGAAACUACAACCUGUACUUUGUGAAGGGCUGCUGCAAAUUGUUGAAUCCACCAACACUGAACUGCAGUUGGAUCCCUGACACAUUUUGAAUUCCACCACUUCCCCAUUGGAACUCUGAGUGAAGAUGUUGAGCUAUUGUCUACGGAUUAAUAAAUUUAAUCAUGGAAUCAAGUUUAAUUGCAAGGAAAGAAGAAAAAUUAAGAGUGAACCUUCCAGAGCUAUAACAUCUCCCUACUUCCCUUCCUUCCCCAACACACCUUCUCCACACUGUGACCUACUAUGAUGUCUCCAACUGAGGUAUCAUCUCCACUCUCAACAGUGUCUUCUAACCUUACAUUUUUAAGGCAUUUCAUGACAAUACAGGUUUAAACAGUAGCUCUCAACAACACGGCUGUGACUCAGCCAUAUCUUCUUAGAUUAAAUGGCCCCAGAGUGACUUGUUUUAAACACAUCUCAGGUGACAUCACUCUGCAUUCACCCUAACUUCCCUGAAAUAAUUUGAACUUGAAUUUCACCCAAAAGGAAGGCUGAUCAGCAAACACCUACUGAUUGGCUACCAUCCAGAGGUCCUACCUAAAUCCAAAGUUCUUCAGAAAAGCAUGUAGACCAUACCAGAAUAAGGAUUUAAAUUCUGUAAUCUUGGAGAGUUGUAUCAAUCAGUUUAAGUUAAGUUAUACUGCAGUAACAAACAAUCACAAAAAGUUGUAGCUAAAUUUAUCUUUCACUCAUAUUAUGUUUGUAAUGGUCAACUUUGGCUUAAUCUAUAUUUUCUUAAUUUCCAGGAUGCAGGCUAAAGAAGCAGCCUUUGUGUGAGGCAUGCUGGUAUUAGAGAGGGAAAAGAAAGGUAGGGAUAACAUGAUGGUUCUUAAAAUUUCUGCUAGUGGAAGUGACACCAUUCAUUUGCCCUAUAUUCUAUUACCCAGAAGAUUUCCUAUGGGAAAUAUAAUGUCUGUGACCAUAGAGGAAUUAUCCUAUCAAAGAGAAGGAUGGUAAGUAUUUUACAAGAAUAAUAUGAUACUACAGAGUACAUGAUAUCUAUUCUUCCUUCAAGGAGUCAACUUGUUACAGGACAUAAUGGUAGGUCUAUUCAUGUGCAAAUUUAGUAAUAUUCCUGGUGACAAGACUGGAAAGCAAUCUUCAUUCAAAAAAAGCCAUAUAAGGACUAAUCAAGAAGAAAAAUAAGUUCUUGUUCAGAUCUAAACAACUUCAUUCAUAUUUCCAUUGACCAGAGAGAUGUCAACAUCGAACUUGCUAACUGGGUCUCAGAAAAUGUCAGAGAUGAUGGUGCUUUCCUUUAAUGACAUGCUCAUCACUGAUGCUCUUAAUAUUCCAAAGAACACAUUGUGUGAGAAAACACCAAUGCCUCUGAGUCAAAAAGUGACUCACAGAGAAGAGACUCUGAAUGUGACAAAGUUCUGAUACCUUAAGCAAUUUGUUUCUUUUUUUUUUUUUUUUCAUCUGUUCAUGCACAGGAGUUAUUAUUUUUUUAAAAGAUCAUGAGUAAACAGUUGUGUUGUUUUGCUGUUCUUUUGGUUUUGGUUUGUUAGACGUGAAGGAGUGAUCUCAAAGGACUCUUUAUCCUUGAAGUAAAUAUACCAAAAUAUUUCUAAUUUUUUAUUUGAAUUCAUUUUUCUUGGGAUCCAAUAUGCCCUUUCAUUCUUUACACUUUAUUUUAGAAAAAUAUAUUUGCAUGUCUUUUUGGUUUCAGGCUUCAUUAUAGCAUAGGACAAUAUGUCAAAACUGCCAAUAAUUCACAUUUUGGUUCUCCUUUCUCAGUUAUGGCUAUGUAAUGACAAAGGAUCGAGUUUAAAAAUUCAUUGGCUAUUAGAGAGCCUCAGGAAUGAAAUGGAAUAGAAGAAUCCAAAGAGUUAAAAAGAAUUAGAAAAUCUUUUGUCAUUACUAUUCUUUAAAUAUUUGUAACUCUCCUCUAAGCUUGUUUUUUUUUACAUAAUUGCUACUCUGCUUAUUAUUAAGUUUGUCUUUUCAAAUUGUAAAGUUAGUCAUCUUUAAUAAAAAAUGAAGAUUGUAUAAACAUAGCUAAACAUAUUUCUCCCCACCCUGUUUACCUGGCUCUCUUACCAGUACCACACCCCCAGGCUGUCACUGUUAAUUGAGUAGCUCACACACCUUUCUCCUUGCUUAUACAAAUGGUUUAUUAGAAUGCGGGGGAUUUAUUGUUGGUGAACAAAUGGAAUGAGUCUAUUUACACAUUACUUUAACUUCCUUCUUUUUAGUUGGCAAUAAACAUGGACAUUCCUGCAAAUUAUUUAUAAUUCUAACUUUAUCCUUCCCUUCUCCCUAGGGUGUCCAGAUUUUUAAUCCAUGCAAAUUUUUCCAUAUACUUUAAAUCUAUAUUUUUUAUGAUGUCCAAUGUAAUGUAAGUGCUGUGUGAACAGCUGUUGUGAUGUACUGAUUAGGGAAUAGUGACAAGGAAAUUCUAUACAUGUUCCAUACAGAAUAUUUUUAAUCCGCAGUUGAUUAUAUCUAAGGAUACAGAACCCAAAGAUACACACAUCCUAUUGGUUCUGUGUCUCUGGAGAAUCCUGACAAAUGCAUACACCUCAUAUGGUAUAAAUUAAGUGUAAUUAUGUUGUAAACCACUUAUUUAGAACAAUGCCUUGUGUGUAUAAAUUAUUGCCAAUAUGAAAGAGCAGUUAUCAUCUGAACUUGCCUGAUCAGGAAUCCACCCAGCAGAGGUGAUUAAUCAGCAAUAAUCAGAAGAACAGUAAUCAUAAAUCCACACUCAUGUUAAGAAAAACUCUUCACUACUCCUGUGGAAGGCCAAGUGGUAGCUGCUUCAUGUUCUGUUGCAUGUGAAACAUUUCCCAAUAAGCUGGCCUAACCCCCCGACUCCUGUGAAGGGAAUUAUCACAAAUAAUCCACAAGAAAAUUGCAAGUAAUUUUUAGCCCUGUACGGUUAGUAGUUAGCCUGCAGAAAUUAAUUCAUUGCUUUGGCUUUUGGCCCAGUAGAAAAGCAAACCCCAAUGCCAACAUGGUUUUCCUGCAUGGUAGCAAGUUAAAGUCCCAUAUCUAACCAGACAAUCCAAAGGGACACCAUGCCCCAAAGGACAACACGGAUCCCUUGCCUUCAAACGCUCUCUGAACCUGCGCUUUUGUCUCCCUGCUGCUUCUCUCAUUAAAGAACUAAAUCAAAGCCUGACACCUGGUUACUAUCUAUUUGUAGGAGAGUUAUAGUGCUAACACUCCUGAGGGAGCCAUGCUGAGAACUUCAGAUGCCAGCUUCUUAAUCUGCAGCGGGAGAUUCAUGAUGCACAUUCUAAAUGUUUGAAAUCAUGAGUUCUGUAUGAGAGACGGCUGCCUCAGAAAUGUGGUUGACACACAUUUACCCACCAUUUUUGGUAUCAUUGGCUUCUUAAGGAGAUCUUUUUCCUUUAAUCAUCCUUCUCAUGAAAUUCCAAUAUUGUAAUAUCUGCUUAUAAACUGUGCCUCUGGAGGGCCACACACUACGGUUACAGCUAAUAUUUUUCCAUACCCCCUUGAAGACCCCAUGUAUUAAGACUUUUUUUUAAGUGAUAAAAACCUAAUAGAUACAAAGGAUGUCAAAUAUAUCAUAAUAACCUGAAAUAAUAUUGGUGUCCCCAUGUUUUCUUGACAGAAUAAUAUCAUCCCCAAGGGGACCCUUUAAGCUCUACCCUAUCUCCAUUUGACCUUGGGAAAGUUACUUCCUCUCAUAAAGCUGUUGUGGGGUGCAUAAGAGGUAGAAACCCUUCAAAUCAGGAUGUCUUGAGGCUCUUUUUCUAUAUUAAUUUUUUGCCUUUGUAAAUAAAAAGUAUUGCUAACUAUAAA